AUGGAGAGCUUGGAUCCAUCCAAUUUGGUUCCCUCCGUGACGUAUUGGGACGAGAUCCGUGAUAUGAUGUUUGCUUUUGGCGACUCCAUCCGUCCCAAACGAGAGACGGCCGAAAUCUUAGAAGAGCUCGUCUUGGAACAAAUGAGAGAGAUCCUGUUCCGAGCCCAAGAAGUGGCAGAGAGGCGUACCAAUAGCCAAAUUGGAUUGGAAGAGCUGUUAUUCCUCCAGAGGCGGCAACCCGUGAAAAUUCAACGCCUCUUGAAAUACUUGUCCGUUCGCGACACUGCGGCCACAUUUCAGGCCCUGUCUGGCGACAACGUGAGUGCGGAAUGUAAACGCGUGAAAAAAUGUAAAGACUUCUUGCGACGAAUUGACACGGAUGGGUCCUUGAUUAAAGCUGCCAGUGAAGAGUUGCAGGACGAAGUUCGCAUGGAGCGACUCCGCCGAAUGGACCGGCUAUCCAGAGAUCUGGACGAGCGCAAAUACGCCGAAUUCUCGCGAGCCCGCCAGGUCAGUUUCUUGGGCGCGAAGAUGAAUAAAAACAUGACCAGAUUCCACGACUGGCUUUUGAGUGACACCCAAACUUGGUUUCAUAUGACGGUGGACAAGGUGGCCUUGGAGAUUUUUGCCUAUUUUGCAUAUGAAACCGUGGGACAUUUGGUGGAAAUGGCCUUGAUUGUAAGAAAAGAGGCGGAGCAUACGUGGGAUCCAGUGCUGAAGAUUAUGGGACCCAAAGCUGUGAAUCCUCAAUUUCCCAUGGUUCAACUGAAGCAAGCAGGUGACCUGAACAAGGGUAAGGCUCUACCCGAGGCCUCAACCCCGGCCAAUGGUGAGGGCGACAAUAGCCCUUUAAGACAGAGACUCAAAAGUGGGGGUGGGAGUAAUGAGCCCGAAAAUAUGAUUCAAGGGGCCUUGGAGCCCGAUCAUGUGCGAGAAGCCUACCGAAGGCUCAAUCAAAGACCGUCCUUGUUUGCUUGGUUCCGGCAAGUGGACGCUCGCCAUCAAACGGCCGAAAGCCGAACCCCAAUCCUUGUUUUGUGAAGACAUCAGGUUACUUGAUACUACUACUACUAAUAAAAAUAUUAACAAACAAAUCAAUUGGCAAAUACUUUUUAUUGUUCAUUCAUGACUAACAACUUUGCCAGGAAAUAAAUGAUCGCUGCACACAGCCA